AUGGCUGAAAGGUCUAGUUCCAAAGAGCUACUGCACAGAAGCCAUCAUUCGAGCAAGAAGCACUCUUCAAAAUAUCACCAUAAGGAAAGCAAAGCAUCGCCGGAGGGCGACAUGGAACAUGUUAAAUCAACUUCUGGCUUCGGUGUGAACGCCAAGUCGGAGUCGAACAAAGAAGCAAGCCUAUUGGGUCGAAGAGCGUCGCACGCAUCGACUGCGAGGAGCUCGCACAGCCGCAAGAGUACGAUGCCUCCUACGGCGCCAGACCUGGCGCAAGCAGAAAAUCUUGCGAUCGCCGAGCCAGGUUUUCCUGGAGUGGACCAACCAGCGCCCUCAGAACGCUACCUGUAUCCGAUGGCUAUAUGCCUGGCCAUCGCGCUGGUGUUGUUCCUCGGCUUUCUCUUCUGGCCGUCAAGUAAGCCUCCCAGUCGGGACGAAGAUAGUGCGCUCGGUCGGCACAGCGUGAGCUGCAGCUCCGCCAGCUGCAUACAAAACGCCGUAUAUCUGAGCAACCUGCUGUCCUGGCGAGGCGUCGACCCGUGUAAUGAUUUCUACGCGUUCGUUUGCCGACGCUGGAAAAGCCGCUUCGCUACGCCUUUGAAAGACUCAUCGGUUUCGACGGACGAUGAUUACGCCGCCUUUCUGGAGGACAGAAUCUACGUCUCGAUUAGGAAUGACUCCGCAGGUUCAAAGAUACUGCGGCCGCUGAGAUAUCUCCACGACAAGUGUAUGAAUGUCAGGUUAAUCGAGGACGGAGGCUGGAACGCACUUCUCGAGCUGAUGUCGGAUCUGUCUCUGGACGGCUUCCCGCUGACGCCGCCGGUGCGGGACAGCAUCUCCGUGUGGUCUACAGCCGCGAAUAUUCUGCGCAAGUCAGGUUCCGCCGCGCUUCUAAGCGUCGGCGUCGCGUCUCACGCUGCUUCCCCGAAAAAGGACAUCGUCUCGGUAGGACCUCCCGAGCUUCUGACGACUACAGCGAACGUGGACGCCAACGAAGCGAUCAGGUUGUACAUGGCUGCCGUCUUCGCUGCAGUCAAGGCGCUCAAGAAGGACUACGUGCCUCCCGUGGAAAUCCUCGCCAUAGUGAAAUUCGCCAGCGACCUUGAGAAACUGGGCCAAUCAAGGGUGAACGCAGAUGCCUCAAAGAUCAGCGUCCUAGACUCGCGCUCGGAUCUGUUAGAAUUUCUGACUGCGGUGUUUCGAGGACGCGAGGAGUCCAUCUUUACCGGCGCGAGGUCAUACAUCGCGAUCCACUCUCCCGAACUCGUCAAUGACGUUAUAGACAUGGUUGUGAACACAGAACCUCACACCGUCAUGAAUUACUUGGCAGUUCGGUUGAUGAUCCAAAUCGCUCCGUUUAUACCGGAGGCCGGGCUGACCAGCUUCUACAGUACUAUGGUCUACGGCAAGCACCAAACGGAUCUCCCUCGUUGGCAGCUGUGCGUCCGUGCUACGGAAAAAGCCCUGUACCCGCUUGUUCACAGCACCUUAUUUCACGACGCCCGGCUUAAACCAUCCAUGUCGUCCAUUGCCGAAGUCGUCAGCAAAACAAUCGCCGCAUUCAUUGCAGAAGUCGAAGCUUCGUCGUUAUUCGAAGACAGUUCGAAGGCUGCGAUACAUCGCAUCCUGUCGACGAUCGCAGUGAAUAUAGUCAGCCCGAGCUGGAUCAACGACAGUGCUUCUAUAGCGGACUACGUCGAUGGUCUUCCUGCUUUCAAGGCGACGCGGCGCGGGCUGGAGACGUACGCGGCCUUCUUCCAGCACACCUUCUUCGAUACUUUGAGCAGAGGAACGCGCACACGAUGGAGUCGUUCCAUUUUCAGCGCAACUUGUUGGUACGAAUCGUACCCGAGGACCGUCUACGUCCCUCUAAUCGCCUUCAAUGUGACGCAGGCGUUUGAAGGGAGCGACGAUGAUUACGUGCAGCUGUCGCGCUUGGCACCGCGACUAAGUAGAUGCUUGCUCGAUAUGCUUAUGGAGGAGAGCAACUCGACAGAUGACACUCUCCACUGGCUCACGGAAAAUACCCAGUCGAGGCUGACUGAGGCCGAGAACUGCCUGCGAGAGCGCGCGAACAGUGCGGGCCUACGGCGGCUCCGCGACGUUCUCGCCGCGCGCGUCGCCCUCCGCCUUUUCAAGAAAAGCGACGCCGCUGAGCAGGAGCUCGUGACGUCGCUGCUAGACGGCCGCAUCAUGACGAGCACCCAAGUGUUCUUUGUCUACCUUAUGCUCCAGUCUUGUGAAACGCUUGCCGCACCUGAGCAGUCUUGGCCGGCAGGCGUCGACGACUGGAGCAUCGCGCUUCGCGAUAGCGGCGACUUUACCAAAGCGUACAAUUGCACAUCUGGGUCCCCUAUGAGUGCGAAGCAAGGCUGCGUCGGUUGA